GUGUGUGGCAAUUUUAACGAUCUAUCAUUUUAACCGAAUAAUCCUCCUUUGCCCUCCCCUUGGCAAUAUUCAUACGACAGGUCAUCGACGCGCUCAUCGAAAGAGGCUGAGAAGGCAGGCAAGCAAUGGAGCCCAACAACAAACCAGAUGGGCCAAUAGGGUCCAUUGAAGAGCCUGGCAUUAAAGCCGAAGGGCAGCUCAUACAUGCCAUGCGCAGAGAGGUUGCCGAGCUGCUUGGUAGACAACAAACCAGCUUCCCCGGCGCCCAACCCGUCAGUUUUGCCAGACAACAUCUGGACGAAUUGACCAGGCAAGAUUACUAUGUAUGCGAAAAGUCCGAUGGAAUUCGCUAUCUCCUCUACUUGACCGAAGACGAAAACGGAGGGGAAGCCCAUUACUUGAUUGACCGCAAGAACGAUUACUGGUUCAUCACCAAUAAGAGCCUACAUUUCCCUCGCGAGAAUGACGUCAGCGCCUUUCACACGGCAACACUCGUCGACGGCGAACUGGUCUGGGAUAGUCUGCCCAAUGGGGACAAGGAAGCUCGAUUUCUCGUCUUUGACUGCCUUGUGAUGGAUGGCAACAAGCUUAUGGAUCGGUCUCUUGAUAAAAGGCUGGCCUAUUUCAGAGAACGGCUAUAUACGCCAUACAAGAAGCUGUUCAAGGACUUUCCAGACGAAUUGCAGUACCAGCCAUUCAUUAUGGAGAUGAAGCCCUUCCAGCUCGGCUAUGGUAUCGAUAUGAUGUUCAAACAGAUUCUUCCGAACCUAAAGCACGGCAAUGAUGGUCUCAUCUUCACGUGCCGGAACACGGCUUAUAAGCACGGCACUGACCCCCAUAUUCUUAAAUGGAAGCCUCCGGAAGAAAACACGAUUGACCUUCGUCUCAAACUCACUUUCCCCACCGUCGAGCCCGACGAAUGGGAGCGCAAGGAAGGUAUUACUGAACCGUUUGUCGAUUAUGACAGUGUGCCCAAAGCAGAAUUAUUUGUUUACAAGGGUGACGGUCCGGAAAAAUACGAACGAUUUGACGACCUUUACAUCACCGAAGAGGAAUGGGAAACGUUGAAAGGCUUGAAUGACCCCUUGAACGAUCGCAUAGUCGAGUGUAAUCAGGACGAACAAAGGAGAUGGCGUCUUCUCCGCUUCAGAGAUGAUAAAAAGGAGGCAAAUCACACGAGCACAGUCACAAGUGUCCUGGAGAGUAUCAAAGAUCGUGUUUCGGUAAAGGAUCUCUCUGACGCCGCCGGUCAUAUCAGAGAUAAUUGGAAGGCCAGGGCAGCACGUGAAGGUCCGCGCCCGCCACGCUAGAGGCAUGGAUACUCUGGAAGGCUCUGAUUGUCUGCGUGGAAGCUUGAUAUAAUUUGAGUCAAUGGGCCAAGCUGAAGAGAAGGGAGAUGAAUAUAUACAUGGGUAUACUUCGAUUAAAAUAAUUGGUAGUGCCGCCAAUGGCUAGGUAGGAUAAGAUAUGGGAUAUCGGCGUCAUGGGAGUAGUUGUUUUGGGGCGUCUGGACAAGAAUUUUUCGUUGUGGAAGAAAUAUUGCUUCUCCUUGAGUCUAUAGGAUCUCGGUACAGGGCUUCAUACAGUUUACCAAGCAAGUAGUG